GAUCCGGAUGGAGCAGUUGAUGGCCAUCACUCAAGAAGAAACGGAACAAUUGAGGAGGAAAGAAGUAGCCGCGGCCAUGGAACAGAUGUUGUCCGAGACCUACAAGAACAAAUUACUUCAGGGAGCCUACGAGUCUCGCCGGCAGGACCUCGUCAACCAGACGUGCUCUAGCCUUGCCAAGAUGGAUGAGAAGUUCCAGCAGAUCCUGGCUUGGCAGCAGCUGGACCAAAACAAAGCCAUCAGCCAGAUCCUGCAGGAGAGCGAGAUGCAGAAGGCAGCUUUUGAAGCCCUCCAGGUGAAGCGAGACCGCAUGCACUGCCAGAUCAGAAAUCAGGUGAGUGCAAAAUUGAAGCCUCUGGGGAGAGAUGCAGGGGGGGCAGGGGGGAGGCAGCAGCAUCCAUCAUCAUCCCUUCCCAAACAAGCAGGCUUUCCAUUCUCCUUCAAUCCCGCCUUGGGUACCAACCCUGGUGAGACGUUCGUGGCUGGGACGCAUCGUGUUCUUCUGGCCCAGUUUAGCACGCCUCCCCUCUGGGGACGGCGCCCACCCUCACGGCAAUCCAUCCAAAACGUCAUCUCCAUUGGUUCUGUUUUCAUGUCUUCGCCGUCGUUUUGUUUCCGUUGCUUCGUCCCCAAGUCCAUUUCGGUCAACUACGACGCGCACCGCUUUUAUCAACGCAGAGAUCCCCGCCGGAAGGGGAAACGGUUGCCCAGAGGCUGUCGGAGGGUAGAGUUUGCAAUUUCUCCAACCCCGUUUCCCGCCACCACUACCCCCGACUCCACCUUUUUUUUUAACCCUUUGUCUCUAGUGGGUUAUCCAGGCCUUGAGUUUACUAACAGGUGAUGGUCAAGGGCAUUGAUGGGCUUUUCCUCUUCUCUGGUGGCUUCACUGCUGCAAGCUCUCACUCAUGCAGAACCAUCUUAGUAUAGUAUAGUGUUCUGACCCCCC